GUUUAAAUGGCCAACAGAGAAUAUGAUUAUUUGUUCAAAUUAGUUAUAAUAGGUAAUAGUGGAGUUGGAAAGUCUGCUCUUUUAUUAAGAUUUGCUGAUGAUACUUUUAGUGAAAACUAUAUAACAACAAUUGGAGUUGAUUUUAGAUUCAAAACAUUAAAAGUAGAUAAUAAAGGUUUAAAAUUAUAAAUUUGGGAUACUGCUGGAUAAGAGAGAUUUAGAACAAUUACUAAUGCUUAUUAUAAAGGAGCUGAUGCGUACCUAAUUUAUAAUUCAAUCAUAGAAUUGUUAUUGUUUAUGACACAACAUGUUAGUAAUCAUUUGAUGAUAUUGAAAAAUUUUGGUUGAAUGAAAUUGAGAGUUAUGCUGAAAAAAAUGCAGAACUUUUAUUAUUAGGAAAUAAAUCAGAUUUAAAUACAAAAUAGGUUUAAAGUGAAAGAGUUCAAGAGUAUGCUUAAAAAAGAAAUAUGAUGUUCUUUGAAACAAGUGCUAAGACUGCUGAUGGAGUUGAGGAAGCCUUUAAAAAAAUUGCAAUUAAAUUAAUGGCUAAAAGAGAUAAACAAGUUUAAGAUAAAAAAGAUAGAAGAAAAUAAUAAAAAGUAUUUUAUUUAAAAUAUUUAGUAAACAUCAUAAUAAAAGGAAAAUAGUUCCUAUGUAGAAAAUAAAUAAGAAGAUAAAUAACAAAAUGUUAAUUUAUGGUAAAAAAAAAGUGAUGAAAAGGCUAAAGAAAGUUAAUAAUGUUAAUGUUGA